UUAUACAACAGUAUUACGACGAUGCAUGACAAAAAUAUUGAAAAAAUCCGGUUUUCAGUGACCAUACACGGAAUAUGUUAAGGAUCUAAGGAAUUAGACCCAGAAAUAAGCUAUAGUUUAUAGGGAUGGGAAUAAACUGUAGACUUUUUUACAGUUUAACUGUGAGCUUGAACACCCCACUCUCUUUUUGACGACUUGUUGCGGAUGAUGUCGUUGCCUUUCAAACACAUUUCUUUACCGGUGAAGUUCAUUCUUAUUGUUAGUGUGACUCACAAUUGCUUUUUGGAUUUUCCCCUAUAAUAUUACCCGUAUAUAAUUCAAAACAUUUUCAUCCCUCGAUGUUUACUUCUUGUUUUUGAUUCUUUUUUGUGAAUAUAGAAAAGAAAAUUUUUAAAUUCAAAUAAAAAUCAGUGUAUUUUUACUUGCGCCGGAAACCGGAAAUAUUCUGUCACGCUUUUGUGUUUUUAAUUAUUUAUUUUUCAAAGAAGAAAAUAAAACAAACCUUCUCAUACGUGAAAAAAUUUGAAUUUUUAUUUGUUAUAAUAAUUGUCUGAAAUCGGUUCAACAACAAAUGUUUGUUUCUUUUUUUUUAAAUAUUUAAUAAUGAAUAAUAAAAUUCUUAAUAAUUACAUAUAUAUAUAAUAAUUUUCGUUAUAAUAAAUAAUUUUCCGUAACUUACAUUAUGGAAUUCGUAAUAAAAUGAAUUUGAUCUCAAAGGUGUGGACUUUUUUGGAGUCUUCUGUGGACACAGGUGCAAUGUAAAUUAAAAUUGACAUUAAUAUUAUGAAACUAUUUUCAAGAAAAUGUGGUGCUGUGUUAAAAGCAAUUGUGAUGUUUUAUCUAGUCUCUAUUCUUAUAGUGUUAUUAAUAUUUAGGGAAUGAUACGAAUAUGAGGUGAAAUUUUUUCGUGAUAUGUGAAUUAGAUUUAAUGAUAAGUGAAUUUAGUUAAUUUUUUUUAAUUACAAGGAUAACAAUAUGAUAAAUAUGUCUGAUCACUGUAUACUUGACAUGAUGGAUUUUGAGGACAUUAAUAAUUGGCCUAUAGAAGAAGGAUUCCCAGCCGAUGAUCUUCUUGAAGCUCUCAGCUCAGAAUUGGAGAUCCCUCAACUUUUGGGAGGAGAGGGAUCUCUUGGUUGUGAUGAAAGUCCGGAUGAUAUUAUGAAAAAUGCGGUGGAAUCACCUCCAUGUAAUUCCGAGGAUAUUGAUAUGAAUUUCAUGCCCAUGGACCUCGAUAUUUUCCAAAAUAUUUGUUCCGAUGAAUUGGACAGCGUUUCGGUGGAAGCUGAUUUAAUGGAUUGUAGAACAGAAAAUGUGAAAAUUGAAAAUGAAAUCAAAUUGGAACCAAGAAGUCCAAGAUCUCAACUACCACCUUCUCCUAGUCCUAGUCAUUCGGAUAGUAGUGUACACGAAUGGCACAAUGACGCUUCGUCAAAUUCAUCCAAUGAUGGAAAGUUCAUGUUUGAGACACCACCAAUAUCUCCACCACAAAGUGAACCCACUUCUCCACCAACGAUAAUUAAUACUUCGAUUCUACAGCAAAUAAAAUUAAUUCCCAUGAAAUCAAACGAAACCAAAACUACGAAAGUUCUUCUAACGAAAGGAAAUACAGCAAAGAGAGUUUGUAUCCAACCGAAAGUUAACAAAAUGAAAACUGAAGGAGAGCAACCGCGAAAAACAAUAAUUUUGAGUGCUCAAGAUUUCGCGGCUCUCUCGCAGAAAGUCAAACAAAAUGGAACUCCACAAUUAAAAAUUCAAGCCUUACCAACAAAUAAAACAGUGAAAAUUCAAAAUCAAUUAAAUAUUCUACCAUCGCAACAAGUGAAUCUUGAAAAAGGUACAGCAUUCACGCCAACAAAUCAAAUAAAGAUCAUUAACUCCAUUCCAAAAGUACAGAUUCAAAAUGUAAAGCCAAUUGUUAUGCCAAAAGAAUCGACAGUUUGUGCGCCAAUUGUUAAUUCGCCCACGUGUUCGCCAAUUGUUAUUAAAAAUGAAUCGUCCGAUUAUUUUAACCUCUCCGGUAGGCAGGAGAGUGAAAUAAAAGCAUUGAAGAGACAGCAAAGAAUGAUUAAGAAUCGCGAAUCAGCCUGUCUUUCGAGGAAAAAGAAAAAGGAAUAUGUCACUGCCCUUGAGAUUCAAAUAAGCGAUCUUCAGGAACAAAAUCGACAACUUCAUGCCGAAAAUGCAGCGUUGAGACAAAGAUUAAUUGAGUCAGAAGAGACAAGUGGAGCCAGAAGUAAAAUAAGAAACAUGAAUCUUAACGGAAACAAGAAGAAUACAGUAAUGCUUUUAGCCUUUUUUUGUAUGAUAACCUUAAACUUCAGCAAUUUUGGAGUUUUUCAAAGUAAAACAGAUUUGGAAAGAAUGUCACCACACAUGCCCUUGCCAAAUGUACGGCACAGUAGAAGUUUACUCUGGAGUGAGCCUGAUUCCGAGGAGACUAAUUCAUCAAGAAUAAAUUCAAUAAAUCAAUCAAUGUGCCCGAUGUCGAUUAAUGACACCGAAUCAAAACGAUUAGAUUUCGAGAUUCGACGAUUUUUCGGUGAUAAAAUAGAUGAUGGAAAUUUAAAGAAAUCACCAAUAACAAAAAAGCAGGUCAAUUCGUCAUUCAGUAAAAUUUCCCAUACAACACCACCACCACCACCAUCAAAAAAGAGAAUAUUACGUAAAUUAAAAAUUACAAGAGAAAAGAAAGUCGAAACAAAUUCAAAUAAUAUCCCCUGGCAAAAUAAUAAUGCAUUGGAAGUGUUCUCGCCAAAUUUCAAGGAUCACGCGGAACUUUUUGAUGCGCUUAAAAGAAAACAUGAUACACAUUAUGUCGUUUGGUUUAGUCGAGAUUAUCUACUAUCACCAGCGUCGAGACAAAAUAAUACCUUGAGACCAAAGAUGACACUCAUUUUCCCUGCUCUUCCACUCAAUGAGACAUUUUCAACUAAUCCAAAUAAUUUAACAAUGAUGCAAAUUGACUGCGAAGUGACAAAUGUGGAAUUUUUCAAUCUUGAGAAUUCUGUGAUUCCCGAUUAUUUACGUGCUCCACAAAAACCAAGCAGUCCACCACAAAAAAAUGAUAACGAAAAUUAUACACCAUAUUUUUUGAAAAAUAAUACGGAAAUUCUCAAAAAAUCACAAAAAGAAAAUUCUCAUUUAAUAAAAAAUGUGGAUAUUGUGGAGAAUAAUAAUUUCAAACGUGAUGAGUUUCUUGUCGGUCCAAAUAAUAUUUACAGGAAGCCAGCAAAAAAUUGAAAUAAGGUAGGCCGUGAAUAUUUGUAAAGGAAAUCCCUUUUUUUUUGUUAUUUUUUACUGCCAAACCGGAAAACAGGCUGUGUAGAAAAGUAAUCGAAGUAAAAAAAAAAAGCCUAAAAAGAUAUAAUAUAUUGUACAUUGACAAUAGAAAUGAAAAAAAUAUGGAAUUUUUGCUCAUUAAGAGCAGUGACUGAAAAUUAGUAUAUUUGGCUAUUUUUUUGAUUAAGCGUCAAAAAGUUUUUUAGAGAGAAAAAAAUAAAAAAAAAAUUUUUAAUCUUUUUAUUAUUUACACAUAAAGAAGAAAAUUUUUUAAAAUGCAAUUAUUUUUACACAAAUGAAUCUUUGUUGUAAAUGAAAAACAAUUUCCCUAAGAGCUCGAUGCAAUAAAAAAAAAAGAAGAAAAAAACAAAAUCAUAAAAGAUUUUGUAAAUUUUUGGUAUUAAAAAUGCGUGCAAUCUGUAUAUCACUUAAGAUUUUUGUUCUUGAGUAUUUUUAAUUGAUAUUUUUUAGCAGGAUUUAGAUUAUAAUUAUUAUAAUAUAAUAUAAUGCAAUUUAAUUAAGAUAAUUUCGAUUAAAUUGAGAAUAGAUUAAGUAAAAAAAAUAUUAUAUAGAAUAUUUGAUUUCUAUAUCUUUCAACACAAUUUUUUUUUUGCUUUUAAUAAUUUAUAAGUUUCACUACGUGUGUCACAGUAUUGUGAAAUUCUUUGUAUAAAUGUUUUAACUUUAGGCGUGUAUGUAAAUAAUAUUACAAUAAAUGUUUUCAAUGAAA